CCUCAGGCUCGCCCUGAGCCCGCCCCACGUGCAUGUCUCCCACCUCCCGCUACUAGCCCUGGUCCCACCAAUAGGGCUGCGGGCCUGGGGAGAAUGCCCUGCUCUGAGGAGCCAGACCCCCGCCAGUGACCAGGCGCCCGCAGAGCCAGCGGGAGGCCGAGGCCCUGGUUCGGGCUCCAGCCCAGCAGAGGGCGGUGACAGCGGUGGGCUUUGGAUGGGGGCGUGUCCGGGUCUGGGCCAGGUUCCUCCGCCAUGACCGCGGCCGUGUUCAUUGGGUGCAGCUUCAUCGCCUUCGGGCCGGCACUGGCCCUGUGCGUCUGCACCAUCGCCGCCGAGCCGCUGCGCCUCCUCUUCCUCAUCGCUGGAGGUUUCUUCUGGCUGGUCUCGUUGCUGCUUUCUUCCCUUGUAUGGUUCAUUGCAGUGCAGAUUGGUGGGAGCAACAAUGCAUCAGUAAAGAAAAAUUUGCUCAUCUUUGGAGUGAUGGUCUCUGUCCUGCUCCAGGAAGUCUUCCGAUUUGCCUAUUACAAACUGUUAAAAAAAGCUAAUAAGGGCUUAAUGACUAUAAGCCAGGAGGAAACCCUACCCAUCUCCGUCAGACAAUUGUCCUAUGUGUCUGGCCUGGGUUUUGGGAUCAUGAGUGGAGUAUUUUCUCUUGUGAAUAUCCUGACUGACUCCUUGGGACCAGGUACAGUGGGUAUUUAUGGAGAUUCUCCUCAAUACUUCCUGUCUUCUGCAGAUUCUAUAAAGGUUGCCAGGAAGGGAAUCACUCCUGGCCCUAUUACAGAAGCGUCAGUUGUCCAUAGAGGCAUGAACAGUGGAGAAGCAGAGCAGAACUGUUGGACUAUCAUAAGGUUCACCCAUGAGUUUUUUAAGGAAUGUCCACUCAUUUAUGAAUAAUUUUGGCAGUGUAGGACAUGACAGGGUGAGAGGUACAAUAGGUUUGAUCAGAUUUAACAAAUUUUAAGUUGCUCCUAUUUGUUAAUUGCCUUACUUCCUAAUCAUUAACAUUAACUUGAGUUGCCAGGGACUUGGUUUUGCUUGUGGAACAUCACAGAGCAAUAAAUUGUUCUUUUUGUUUAUUAAACACUCAGAAAGCAAAGAAUCAGGCAGAAAAAUUUUAAUGAAAAAGUUAAAAACAUAGUCUUGAUUUCAACACAUUCCCUUAUUCCCUCUCCCUCUCUUUGCAUAGAGAUGUACAAAGGGGUAAAAUGCUUACUUGAAAUUCCCUUAUACAUGGCAUGAUAUCUUGUUGAGAAAUAAGUGGUUCAGUCACUUUAUGUGGUAGGUGUCUGUUCAGUGCUUUUUCUUAAACCAAUAGAACACACACAGAGAGAGAGAGAGGAGAGUAGGGGGGAAAAAAAAAGUCAGCACUAGUUUCUGCUGGUUGUAGGUCCAUUGCUGAAAGACCACAGAAAAAGUACACAACAUUUGACCCAAUUUUAUUGAUUUUGAAUACCCCGUAUCCGUGGCAGAAGCCUGUAGAAGAUCUUGGGAAGAACAGUAGAAAUGUGAAUCCAUAAAUGUAUAAAGUCAGUCUAGAUCCUGACAUAUUUAAGGACACCAUAUGUGUGUUAUUGAUUGUAUAGAAAGCUCCAUCAUUUUUAAACAUUUAUAUUCGUGUUGAGGUAAGAUGUGUCCAAAAUUAUGCACAUUUUUUACAAAAACGGACAGUUGUGUAGCUAACUUCAUUGGCUACAGUGUUACAAUUAAUCUCCUGAUACCUCUUUAAUUAACUGUUGUUGCCACUUUACAAAAUGUAAGUGUGUGUUUGCGUGUAGAGAGAGAGAGAGAGAGAAUAAAGUAUCACUGCCCUUGGCUUUUUCUUCAAAACAACCAUUGGACUGGGGUGGGCAAACUUUUUAGGCCAAGGGCCACAUCUGGGUGGGGAAAUUGUA